AACUUCAGCACAACCCGAAUCAUCAGAUGACCCAUCUUCUUCCUCCUUCACUUUUUAUGGCGGAGAUCCAAAUUCAACAACAACCCAUGAUAAUAUUAUCAUAAAAGGUCCAAAAGAGACUUCACCUUUAUCAUCACAAGAUUCAGCAUCUGUGGCUAUGCCUAUGUCAUUCAUGACUGGAUCAAUUGUGGGGAAGAGGUUUUACAAGAAAGUGACAACUAGAGAAGCUGAUGAUGGAAUUGGUUGGAGUGUUAUGCUUGAUUAUCGUACCCUUAAAACCCCUUCUAAGCGUCCCCUCAAAUGCCCAACUUUAGCUCUUGCUAAAGCUAUUGCUGCUGAAUGGGAACACCAGGAAGCAGAUGGGAUCAGACCCUUUACUAUGCCACUGACGAAACUUUCAUGUACUGCACUAGAAAGAGUUCCACUGACGCGUCAAAAGAUUAUUGAUCAUUUGAUGAAGAAAUUCCCUCAAGAUUUAGUAUUCUGUCGUGCUCCUGGGGAUAAUGAUCUGACAAGCGGAGUUUGUGGAUUUCCAUCAACGAAGAUUGGUGGUGGAACUCCAGUUUCAGUAUCAAAACAUUUUUUCUUUCAGAACGUUGCGAAAUUCUGCACUCUGUUAGGUCAAGAGAGGGCAGAUGAUGAAGUAUUAGAUAAUGUUGCUUCAGAUGGUGAUGAUGCUUGUGACAAUGUACCAGAGGACUUCAAUGUUAAAGCUGCUGCUAGUCAUACUGAUGGUCGACCGCAAGCUAAACAUCCCACUGAAGACUUGGUUGAUUUUACACGGAUUCAUAUUAACAAGCUGCCAACGGUUGUGAUCAUAGGACGACCUAAUGUAGGGAAGUCAGCAUUGUUUAACCGAUUGAUACGAAGGAGGGAGGCCCUUGUAUACAACACUCCUACUGACCAUGUUACCCGGGACAUACGAGAAGGUGUUGCAAAACUGGGCAAUUUAAGGUUUAAGGUGUUGGAUUCUGCUGGCUUAGAAGCAGAGGCUUCUUCUGGUUCUGUUCUUCGUAGAACUGCAGAAAUGACUGGAAAUGUGCUGUCAAGAUCUCAACUUGCGCUCUUCUUAGUUGAUGCAAGAGAAGGACUGCAGCCUAUGGAUUUGGAUGUUGGAAAGUGGUUGAGGAAGAAUGCACCUGGAAUGAAGACUAUUGUGGUGAUGAAUAAAGCUGAAUCGCUUGAUGACUAUGAUGGUUCUCUUGCAGCUGCUGUCGGUGAAUCUUAUACCUUAGGAUUUGGUGAUCCCAUUGCUUUAUCUGCUGAAACUGGAAUGGGCAUGGCUGAACUUCAUGAAACUCUUCGACCAUUACUUGAAGAAUAUGUGCUCCAAAACGUAAAUGAUGAUGAGAGCCAGGAGAAUGACUCCUCUGAGGAUAUGGAGUGUAAAUUGCCAUUGCAGUUGGCAAUUGUCGGGCGGCCCAAUGUUGGAAAGUCAACCUUGUUGAACACAAUCUUGCAAGAAGAUCGUGUUUUGGUUGGCCCUGAGGCUGGUUUGACUAGAGAUUCCAUUCGUGCUGAAUUUGAGUACCAAGGAAGAACAAUUUAUUUGGUUGACACAGCAGGUUGGUUGGAAAGGACAAAACAGGACAAGGGCCCAGCAUCUUUGAGUAUUAUGCAAUCAAGGAAGCACCUUAUGAGAGCACAUAUAAUUGCUUUGGUCCUCGAUGCAGAAGAGAUUGCAAAAGCUAGGCGGAGCAUGAAGCAUGCUGAAGUAGUUAUAGCGAGGCGAGCAGUAGAGGAAGGACGUGGUCUGGUUGUGAUUGUAAAUAAGAUGGAUCUUCUAAGAGGGGAAGAAAAUUCCAAAUUGUACAAGCGCGUAAUUGAAGCUGUACCUGCAGAAAUUCAGACAGUUAUACCACAGGUCACAGGAAUACCCGUUGUAUUUGUUUCAGCACUAGAAGGAAAGGGCCGGAUGGCUGUCAUGCGUCAGGUUGUUGAAACAUAUGAAAAAUGGUGUUUGAGAUUGCCUACAGCUCGUCUUAACCGUUGGCUACGCAAGGUCAUGAGCAGACAUUCUUGGAAAGACCAGGCGGCUCAACCCAAGAUCAAGUAUUUCACUCAGGUGAAAGCUAGACCACCAACUUUUAUUGCAUUUAUGAGCGGAAAAACCCAGCUCUCAGAGACAGAUUUGAGGUUCCUAACUAGAUCUUUGAAGGAAGACUUUGACUUGGGUGGGAUACCAGUCCGGAUAUUGCAACGAACUGUUGAAAGAAAUGGUAGGACUAAAACUAGCAGCAAGAACGAGCAAUCAACUAAUAGAGCGGUGGAAAGGGUGGUCUCUGACAAAAGAACCAUCCUUGCUGUAGAAAACAGCAGCACCACUUGAAUUAUCCAAACUUUAGCUUAUCAAUGAUCAUAACUUAAUUUGGAGGAAGAUAGAAAUAGAGUAUUUUUGGUCUUUGCGAAGGUAGGUGUCCAUCUAUUUGGGUUGGGUGCCCGGCAGUGGCUUUUGACUUGCCUUUUUAAUUCCGUCCUCCGCUGUCUCAAUUCUUUCUCUUCAUUUUAUCCUAUCAUAGAUAACUGCCUUUAUUUUAUGCUUAUGUAAAUAUGUCUAGGAAGUGAAGUUUCUUUUUAUUCGAAGAAGGUAAUAUGUAAUCAUGUACGUAUGUGUGUUUCUCUACUUGGUCCAUAAUUUAGCGAAAUAGCUGUUAUGUUGCACGCA